UAAAGAAACAGCACAAGAAUGAAGGAAGUGAGUGUUAUUUGGAUAAGUGUGUGUGUGUGUGUAUUAAAGUUUAGGUGUUUUUUAUUUUUAUUUUAUCUCUCUGUCAAUCAGCUGAUAAAUGCACAAAGCCUCCACUGGUUACAUCCUGUGUCUGUGCUCUGUGAGUUGUAUCAAAGCCUUUUACUAUUCUAUCUUUCUAUAAGUUUUAUUUGUACGACGUCUGAACCGAGCAUGUGGUUUUUCGUGAUCAUUUUUCUGGUCCUGUUUCCCUGCAACGCGAAAGACGAGUGUCCCAGCUCCGUCUCUAUGUCCGAGAAUGGGUACGUGAACGUGACGUUUGGGCAGCGCUUCAAACUGACCUGUAAUUUCACCUGCCUCACCUCGGAUUACAGAGUCCAGCUGCUGAAAAACAAACAGCUGCUGAGUGAGCUGAGUCUGUUCAGAGAUUGUCCAAAGUCCAAACACACCAUCGUUCUGUCCCUGCUUAUUCCUGCAGUCCAACACAACGACUCGGGACAGUACAAGUGCCAGAGCGACCCGCCGGAUGUCAUCUCCUCUGUGAAGGUCAACAUCGUCUACACAGACGAGCGCGUGCCGAAAGACAAACAAAAUGAUACGGCUCCGUGGGUGUCAGAGCCGCCCUCAGAAGUGAAAUCCACCUGCAACGCACUGUUUUCAUGGAACGCUCCUCUGUGGUACUUGUUGUGCAAGACGGCGCUUUUCUUCAUCUGCUUACUGAGUGUGGUGUUGAAGAAAACCUGCUAGGUGCCGUGAGCGAUAUUUCCUCCUUUAGCAGCGUGUGCACGACCAUCUGCAACACCUCAGGGUGCCAUUUAGCUUUUGUAACUCCUAAAAAUGAAGGUUUAUUUAAAAAACAAUACAUUCCAGAACAAUACAGAAUGUACAAUUUAAUUAAAUAAUGAAAAUGUUUCACUGCUGAUGGGCUGCAUUUGAAUUUAAACGAGCACAGAUUUGAGAUUUUUAGCAUAGAAACAUCAAAUACAAUGUG